GUCUCGUAAGAUGGUCACUAUGAGACCAAUAACAGUAGCGUGCAUCAUUAUUGUGUUUCAGAACUGUUUAGUUAGCGGAGCGGAAAAUACGGAUCCGGUUAUGGUGAACAUACAAGUUCGAGAGCCCUCUGGCAUCAUGAUAUGGGUCAGGGAUAGUCUGCUAAUUGAGAUGUUCGGUAUUGAGCUCUACGUUGGCAAACACAACGCAACGCAACAUAUCGACAAAGAGCCUAUUUGGGAUCGCCAGCUGAUGGUAAACGUUACGAGUACUGUAGAUGGAAAAUUUCUUAUUCAUGAACGCAACAUGAAUGUUGAACUGGGUGAUAGGAUACGCUACCGAUUUCUGAUCCUCUAUAAUCAAACAGUCUCCCGCAGUAACUAUAGAGGCAUUUUUGUCACAGAUAAACUCAUCUUUCGACCAAAAAACACCAUUUGUUCCUCAGCAGACGUGAUACAACAUCAGCCAGAGUAUCAACAAGAGAUGGCUAGAUCGAAGGAAAUAUUAGAACAAAAGAUUCUGCAGUGCGUUGGAUCACAAAGCUCUGAAUAUCUGUUCUUCCCACUAGAAGAUGCAACAACGAUCGUAUCUGAUCCCAUGCACCUUGCCAGGUACCGCUUCUGGCAAAUAAACGAUCUCAAACCCGUGAUCAAUAGCUUGCUGACUGCGAAAGUGCUCACAGACGGUGUAGUAGUUGAAAUGAGAACAGUGAUCGAUAAGCUGAAAGUGUUGGAAUUGGGCAGGGAAAAGUUAAAUGUAGUUGGUUACGAUGACUACCUCAACGUUGAGGGCUCUGGCGAGGGACAAUACUAGGGUGAAGA